GCAAAUUAUAUUUAAUUUCCCUUACAUAUGACACAGUCGGUAAACGAUGUUAUUACUGGAGUAAUCUUCUUGGGGACUCGGUUAUACAUGCAAUCGGUUAGCCAGGAGUCAAGUAAUAUGGAUUCUACAGCAGUUUUGAUGCUAAACAUCAGGAUGUUAAGGAGUUACAGUUCAGUGAAGGAGAUGCUUAAACCUGACUCCAAAUCACCAUGGGGAAACCAUUUUGCAACUUUGCAAAUGCCGAUACCCAAGUUAACUGAUGCUGAGCUUUCAAAUCCCCUGGAAUUCAUCAAGAAAGCACAUGAAAUAAUCAAGGGUAAGCGGAGUUCAUUCGGUGUUUACCUCACUGCUAGGCUCCUGGACAUGGUGAAGAAAUUUAGAGGCCCUGAGGCAGCAGCUAAAUAUGUCUAUCGCACGCUCAACAACUCGAGCAUGGCAAUCACAAAUAUGAUGGGGCCCGUCGAGAAAAUGGCUUUGGCUAACCAUCCAAUUAAAGGCUUAUACUUUAUGGUGUUCGGCUCACCACAGAGUCUUGUAAUAACGUUGGUGAGUUACAUGGGGCAGCUGAGGAUUGCUAUAGGAUCAGAAGAUGGGUUCAUAGAUUCCCAAAAGCUAAAGUCAUGCAUGGAGAAUGCCUUCGACAUGAUACUCAAAGGUCAAAGCUGUUUGAGCUGA